CAACAAAAUCGUCGUAGAGCAGAACGACGUGUUAUAAGAAAUCAAGAUAGUCGAGAAUUAAAUAUUGCAACUAGAUUACUUAGAGGAGGAUCAUUACCCAAAAAAAAAACCAUGUCGAUAUCAAUGAAAAAUGUUUUACUCUGGAAUCCUUCAUCGGAUCCGGAAACUCCCAAUCACGCAUUUUUCGAAAAUGUCGUUCCCCUACUUAAUUUACUUUCUAAAUCAUACGAAAUUUAUCUCAUUUGUCCCGUAUCAAGUUUUCAAGAAAAAGAACAAAUUCUGAAUUUUCUUCGACACGCUAAUUUGUUAAAACCCGGUACGAUCGAUGAACAAAGGGUAUUAUUUUGUGAAACUCAAGAAGGAAAAGUCCAUAUCAUUCGACAUAUUGAAGCAAAUAUUCAUAUCGAAGGUGGAAUAAAUGGAGAAGAAACUGUUGAGAUGGUAAGAGGAUUUGUGGGAAAUGUUAUUUGGGCUAUACAAGGUGGAA